CGUUGCAGUUCGAUGUCCGUUGCAGAACCCAAGCGCAAUCAAGCCAAGCAGAAGCAGAAAGAUCAAAAGACUCAAGCUCCAGCAAAUGCAACCGAACGCCUGAAAACCGUCGUACGCCGCCUACCUCCCAAUCUCCCCGAAGAGAUAUUCUGGCAGAGCGUCCAAACAUGGGUCACAGAUGACUCUGUCACUUGGAAAGUGUAUCAUGCCGGGAAGUUGCGCAAGAGGGCAAAUCAGGAAAAUGUCCCUUCGCGUGCGUAUAUUGCAUUCAAGAAUGAGGAGGUGCUUGCGACGUUCAGCCGUGAAUACGAUGGUCAUCUCUUCAGGGACAAGACAGGCAACGAGUUUCAGGCAGUAGUCGAGUUCGCUCCGUUCCAGAAGAUACCCCCCGAGAAGAAAAAGGUCGAUGCGAGACACGCAACGAUCGAUAAAGACGAAGAUUACAUCUCUUUCCUCGAAACGCUCAACAAUGCUGAGAAGUCUGAGCAUGUGUCCCUUGAAACAUUGAUCGCAGCAUCUCAACCACCCGCCGCGCCAAAAACUACGCCUCUUCUUGAGGCACUGAAGGCAGAGAAGUCAGCUCAGAAGGACAAGGAAGCCAUCCUCCGUAAUCAUGCACACUACAAGGACAUUUCUGUCGCAUCUACCAUUAGGAAAGAAGAGGUCAAGAAGAAAGCUCCCGCCCCUGCUGCAGCAUCGCAGAAGCAACCCGAAGUCAAACCUGCUGCUCCCCUUAGUCGUAAAGCGAAAAAGGCCGCUGCAGCAGCAGCGGCAGCACAGCAGUCUGGUUCUCCGGCUCAGACCACGCCAACGAUUCCCCCUGCGCCGAAAGGCACAUCUGCAGGGCAUGCUAAUUUGCCAGCCAAGCCUCCUCCACAAGCACCUGCUGCUCCUCGACAACGCCCUGCCUCACAGAGUCGCCAGCAGGCGCCUAAAGUGCUUGCUGCGCCUCUCCCUCCUAAACCAGCGGUACAACCUACUCCUGCCAGUGCAGAGGUCACGCCACCUGCAAACAGUCGCAGGGGACGUCCAGUCGUUGGUCUGGGACGACAAUUCGAGGCAGCGUUAAAUGGUGCGGUCGGCCCUGGCGGAGGAAAGAAACGCGAGAAAGAUACUCAACCAACUCCUGCGAGCGAGGCUGUGCAAAAAGAUGUUGCGCAAAAACCUAAGGAUAUCCUUGCAUCGUCUUCUUCCAGCCCCGGUGUCCCUAGUAUUCUGCAACGCGGGGAUGGACACCACACUGGGAACCCUACGAUUAUGCAACGCCCUCAGCCUAGUCAUGUUCCUGAAAGUCCCGCUGCUACUGAAUCGCAUAUUAGCAGAGGAGGGGCGCCAAGGAGAGGGCGUGGCAGAGGUAGGGGAGCUCCUCGUGGUGGCUAGGUGCGGCACCAGUCUGCAAGCCUGGUUUUUGUCCGCCAUAAAUGCCUCGCGAGAUUGGUGGAGAUCCUUUCUGUUGUGCUGCACGGUUCACUUUACUUCGUUGCAAGGCAGUUGGCAGUUGGAAUCCAACCGAGCUACGAAAGGUAGUGACGUGCUAUGUAUGUUCACUUUGCGCCGGCCCAGCACCAAUCUCUUGCGGCAUGACUGAUCCUUUUACGAAUCCCUUUGAAGUAGAUUUGACGUCGGUAGUCAGACCCCGUACCUCCAUGCAUAGUGUUCGCUAGUCGUUCUCUUACACGCAGAGGAAUUAGCAAUCAAGAAG